UUUGCUUUGGGAGCGUCAAUCUCCUGCGAGUAAUCAACUAAUUUUUUUUUAUUCUACACCAACAUCCCUUCGCUUGUUUUGAUACAGUUGCAUUCCUAUUUUUAUAUGAUUCAACCCGAAUGAGUCUAUUUCAUUAUUUAGCUCAUUUUAAAAUAAGAAAAGCAAUUUCCAAAACGUUCGAAUCGAGCUUCUCGUACAAAGAUUGAACGAAGCUGGAACAUCAUUUUCUACCAGUUGAUAUGAAUACACGUGACAACGACAAUAAUAAUAAGGAAAUAGUAAGAAGCUUCGUUUCUUAGGCAACGGUCUUGUUUGUUUAUUUUGAAAAGCCUUUCCCAUAACAAGUAGUGUAAUCUUGCAAACUUGUUAUUGAUAAAAUGGUGCGAAUAACCGAACAACUGGUUCGAAAACGUUCGGAGCACAAUGAGCUGGUGAUUGGUACCUUGGAAGAGCUAUCCCUGCACCAAGAGGACAUCGAACGCAUUGAACAUAUCGGCCGAUGGUGUCGAGAGUUAAAAAUUCUUCUGCUUCAAUCGAAUUUAAUAUCAAAAAUUGAAAACCUUCAUAUGCUAAAAAGGCUAGAGUAUCUAAACUUGGCGCUCAACAACAUUGAACGUAUUGAAAACUUGGAUGGUUUAGAAUCGCUUCAAAAGUUAGAUUUAACUUUAAAUUUUAUUGGCCAACUUACCAGUGUCGAGUCACUACGGAACAACUACAAUUUGAAAGAACUUUUCCUGACGGGAAAUCCUUGCACAGACUACCCCAAUUACCGCAACUAUGUUAUAUGUGCGUUACCUCAGCUUCAGACACUGGACGGACAGGAUAUUACUAGAACUGAGCGAUUAAAAGCUGGAGAUUUCCAGAAGACUCGAAGCCUAAUUUUGCUAUCAGAAACCGCGUAUCAAAUCGAAAGAGAUGAACAAAAGAUUCGAGUUGCUCAAUCAAUAAUCGAUCAAGAAAGUAGCGUUGAACAUCUAGACGAAGAACAAAGAACUACCCAGUUCUGGCAGCAGAAAAGUGAACAUUGCCCGGAAACCAGAAACUUUAUGGCAAAAUAUUCCAGAAGAGCCAAAGAAACACCAGUAUCAAGUUUAGAGUCUUUGGCUAAUAAAGCAAGAAAACGAAUUCUUUUUGCAGAAUGUGGGAGGCCUUACAGUGUGAACGAACCAAAACUUACAUUUAUGUUUCAUGAUGAAGAUCAUCAAUACCAAAUAGAUCUACACGUUUUCAAGUACUUGGACACGUCUUACAUCGAAGUGGACGUUCAACCGAACUACAUAAGAGUCACUAUUAAAGGGAAAAUAUUUCAAUUAGCUUUGAAAGAAGAAGUGCAAACGGACAAAUCUUCGUGUCAACGAUCCGCUACAACUGGGCAUCUUCUUAUCGUCCUACCAAAGUUAAACGCCCAAAAUGUCUCUUUCCAGCAAUCAACGCGUGGUAAUAACAACAAAUUAGUGGUGUUUAGCCAAUACUUUAUAAGCACAAUUGCAGCCCGAGAGGACGUCCAGCCAGGCAACAUAGCAACGGAGCUAAAAGGAACAGUUGAUUACAGACACAUUGUCAGCAAGUCACAAGAAACAUGCAAUGCACAAUGCGAUGAGGGUGAAAUACCACCAUUAAUAUAAAAUUGUCAUAUAAAUUUAUCAUGUAUAAAAUAACGUUUAUCCUAACUGUUGCAACUCUUCUUCGAAUUUACGGAAAUCUUCUUCACUAAAAACACUUUUUUCCGCUUUUUGUUUUGGUACAAUUUCCUUCGCUUUGACCACAUAUCGGCCAGUCUGUGCACGCUUGACAAGCUGAAAUGAAAAUUGAAUUGACAAAACGGUAAUUAUUCUAAAAAGGAUAAAAAUGCACAGCUUUACCUUGGCAUUUCCCUGUCGUCCAAUAUUUGCCGAACUUAAGAGCAGCAAUUUUCUAAUGUUAUCAUCGGUGUUGUCUGUCCGAUUUUGUAGUUGUUUACGGGCUUCGACUACUGUUAACUUUCCUAUACGUUUUUUCAACACAUCCUUCGGUACUUUUGAACCCUUUUUGCCGACGUGCCUUACUGACUUGUGAUGUUGCGGCAUUAAA